GUCAUGGCUCCACCGCCGGCCCAGCACUUCCCGCCAUAGGAUGACAUCUUUCUUCCAUCCCACUUCAUACUUCUUUUUCUUCAAGCUUCCUUCGACCACCCUCAUCCUUUUCCCUCUCCACCAACAGAACAACAAUCAACAUGGGAGGCAAGAAAGCCGCUGGCGAAAACUCCAAGAAGGCUGCGGGAAAUGCCCGUAAAGCCGAAGCCGCCGCCACCAAGAAAGCCGCCGAGGACUCCAAACGCGCCGCCGAAGAAGACAAGCAAUGGGCCAAGGGCUCGAAGAGCAACGCUAAGCGCGAGGAUGCCGAAUCCAAAAAAGCCGAAGCCGCGCGCAAGAAAGCUGAACGCGAUGCUCUCCUCGCCGCCGAAGAAGCCUCCCAGCCCAGCAAACCGAAGAACAACAAAUCGGCGGCCAAGAAAUCCGCUGCUCCGAGCCGAGGCACGCUCGAUCUUUCCCAACUUGAUGGAGAUAGUGGAGCCAGUAAGAAGGGGUCGGCGCUUAAUGCCUCCGGUAUUGAUAACGCGUUGGACGCGCUGUCUUUGACGGGCAAGGAUAGUGGGAAGGUGGAUCGACACCCUGAGAGGAGAUUCAAGGCUGCGUAUGCGGCGUUUGAGGCGAGGAGGUUACCCGAGAUUGAGGCAGAGAAUCCCGGACUUAGGAGGAAUCAGCGUGUGGAGUUGUGUAAGAAGGAGUUUGAGAAGAGUGAGGAGAAUCCGUUUAAUCAGGUGCAUGUGGCUUUUGAUGCUAGUCGGGAGGAGGUGGCGAGUGUGAGGGAUGCGGAGAAGAGGAAAGUCGAGGCUAGACUUACGCGGUGAGUUUGUUACUAGGUCUUUGGGGUUUGGGAGGUUAUAUAUAUAUAUAUGUGUGUGUGUAUGGUAGGAUGGUUGGGACUGUGGUGGUGGAUGGGAUAUACCCGGCUCUGUACAUUGUAUAGAGCCCACUGAGGAGGUCGAGGUGGUGGUAUUAAAAAGAUAAUAUAGAGCACCGCGAGCGCAGUGGAUGAUAACGAGGCAAUGGUAUCAUGCAAUCUAGUAUCCAGUACAAGGAAGAAAGCAACCACCCACACACCACCAGACAAGACAG